CUCUUCACUGCAGGUUAUAAAAUGAGUUACCAGGCGUCUCCAUCUCACUGUCCUCCUUACACACACACACACACACACACACACACACACACACACACACUCACACACACUCACCAUGGGGAACUUUGCUGCCAAUGAGGGACUCUCCAUCUUUGUUAUUCUGGUGUGGCUCGGGAUCAACGUCUUCCUGUUCGUCCACUUCUACAUGGCCUUCCUGGUGGAGCGAUGGUUCUACACCAGGGUUUUGCUCGGGCAUGCUCUGUCCUGGGCCAGAGCUCCCGCUGCCUGCCUCAACUUCAACUGUAUGCUCAUUCUGCUGCCAGUUUGCCGAAACCUCCUCUCCCUCCUGCGUGGCACCAUCCAGUACUGCAGCCGCACAGCGGCUCGUCAACUGGACCGAAACAUCGCUUUCCACAAACUGGUGGCUUACAUGAUCGCCUUCCACACAGCCGUGCACAUCAUUGCACACUUGUUUAACUUCGAGUAUUUCAUGGACGCCCAGCUGAAUCGGAACAGCAGCCUCCUGCCCUUCAUCCUCUCUGAAAUUGGCACCGGAGACAACGCAUCUUUCCUGAACCCCAUCAGGACCAAUGAGACGAACCCCACCAUCGUCAUGUUCACCACCAUCGCCGGGCUGACAGGCGUGGCGAUCACGCUCGCCCUCAUCCUCAUCAUCACGUCGUCCAUGGAGGUGAUCCGUAGGUCGUACUUCGAGGUGUUCUGGUACACCCACCAUCUCUUUGUCAUCUUCUUCAUCGGCCUGGUGUUCCACGGCUUUGGGCGGAUUGUACGAGGACAGACGCCUACUAGCCUGCAGACAAACAACCCAGAGUUUUGCUUUGACCAGUUUGAGGACUGGGGAGACGUUGGGUCCAACUGUACUGUACCAGUGUUCGCUGGAAACCCACCGAUGACGUGGAAGUGGGUGGUGGGUCCCAUGAUUCUCUAUGUGUGCGAGAGGCUCGUUCGCUUCUAUCGAUCCCACCAGAAAGUGGUCGUCACCAAGGUGGUGAUGCACCCCUCCAAGACCCUGGAGCUGCAGAUGAAGAAGAAAGGCUUCAGGAUGGAGGUGGGUCAGUACGUCUUCAUCCAGUGUCCGUCCAUCUCCCGGCUGGAGUGGCACCCCUUCACCCUGACCUCCGCCCCCGAGGAGGACUACUUCAGCGCACACAUCCGCAUCGUGGGGGACUGGACCCAGGCGCUGUACGAGGCCUGCGGCGGAGACAAAAACGAGACGCAGGACGCCUGGAAACUGCCCAAGGUUGCCAUAGACGGCCCGUUUGGUACCGCCAGCGAAGACGUGUUUGGUUACGAGGUGGUCAUGCUGGUGGGCGCGGGAAUCGGAGUGACUCCUUUCGCCUCCAUCCUCAAGUCUGUGUGGUACAAACGCAUCCAGAACAACCAGGACGUUUUCACCAAGAAGAUCUACUUCUACUGGCUGUGUCCGGAGACGCAGGCCUUCGAGUGGUUUGCAGACCUGCUGCAGUCGCUGGAGGCUCAGAUGACGGAGAAGGACGUGACCGACUUCCUCAGCUACAACAUCUACCUCACCCGCUGGAAGGAGACCGAGGCGGCUCAUUUCCGCGUUCACCACGAGGCUGAGAACGACCCAAUCACAGGGCUCAAACAGAAAACUCUGUACGGGAAACCCAACUGGGACAGCGAGUUCACCAAUAUUGCAUCAAAGCACCCGGGAACUAAAGUGGGAGUUUUCCUGUGUGGUCCACCUCAGCUAGGGAAAUCUCUGGAAGAACAGUGUCUGUCCCACUCGGAGGUCGACGUCAAGUUCAUCUUCAACAAGGAAAACUUCUAGGAAAAAGAAAAGAGAGUGAGAGCGAACGUUCCCAAGUAGCAGCCGAGGUCCAACAGUCUGAGACCGAUCGCUUAUGGAUUCCUUCACAUUUCGCUUAUUGAACGAGCUUGUGUUUUGCUGGACGUGACUGUUCUUCUUCUGCUCGUUGCUUCUCACCACAAACGUUUUUUUGCAAAGACGCCUUCGUUGCUCAAAAAAAAGAGAGAGAAACCGAGGAAACAACGCUGCUGCAUUUCCCAAGUUACUUUCUUCUCCUUUUGUGUUUCGACAACAAGUGAAACACCGCCGCUUUCAAAACCUUCCUCAGCUUCCUAUUGGCUCUCGUCCGCCCUGGAGACAUGUUUCCUGUUUCUACGUUUGAUGUGAAUCAACAGACGCAGAUUCAGAAAUUACUGAAACCAUUCAUCCUGGAUUGCGUUUAGAUGAGUAAUAGUAAAAAGGAAUUACCUUGUUUGUUUGGAAAAAAUAUGACCCAGCAGCCAUUUAAUUAUAUCAUGUGAUUAUGGAUAAAUUAUCUGUUUUUAUGUUUAUUAGAGCUGCAAAAAUGCAUUGAUUAGUAACCGACUAAUAAAUGAAUCACCAAUUUA